AUGGAUUCAGUUUUUCGGUUUCUAGGGUCGGUUUCUCGGUUUAUGGGUUCAACCCGGGUUUUGGGUUUAAACCCAUUUUUCAGUAAAUAAGAGGAAACGUUAGAGCGACUGCAAACAAACGUAUCACGAACACCUAAGAUAGAAGUCAUCAUCCGCUCACGGCCUUUCCACAAACCAACAAGCAAAAUCCAUUGUUUGCCGCAAACAGAUUUGAGUUUGAUCUAUCAAGAGUUAGGUACAUGUAGCAAUAUCAUGGCAACAAUUGAACAAAAAUUUCCACGUUCUUCAUAUCCAACCGCUGACAUGGACAACAAAAAUCCCUUCAUCGACAACUAUGCUGAUUCCAUGUGGGCUGUUCCAAAAGACCAAACUACCCUCCAUCAGCCCACAAGGUCCACAAAACAAGACCACCCAUACGACCUCUCCCACGACUCUGAAGAUUUCAUCGAUGAAGAUUACUACGAAUCCGGUGAUGAAUAUCAAAAAUCCAUUGACCAAACUACCCCUGAAGUAAACUUAAAAAACGUAUUAACUGGAAUAGUAGCAAUUGUCACUGGUCGAAACAAAGACACAACCGAAAACACUCCCAAUUCCGAUGUUUCAUUCAUGGGUUCCGAAACAAACGGAGACACUUACAUUCAUCCAUCCGUUUACAUUCCGAGCGCCCCACCUCUCUUAGAACCAACCGGAAUCAACUAUUCCGCUUACAAAGAAGUCUUGGAAUCCGAACCACCGGAAUGGCUUCGUGACAGCUCAGCUUCCGUCUGCAUGCAAUGCAAUGCCCCUUUCACAGCCCUCACACGUGGCAGACACCAUUGUCGAUUCUGUGGUGGCAUAUUCUGUAGAGCAUGUUCAAAGGGAAGAUGCUUGUUACCUGUUAAAUUCAGAGAGAGAAAUCCCCAAAGAGUGGCGAAACAUGAUGUCGUGGACUGGACUUGUACGCGUGGAUGGUUGAAUCUUCCGGUUGGGGUUUCCAUGGAGCAUGAGAUAUAUAAGUCCUCAAGUACUUUGAGGGGUUACUGUAAUGCUGCGAGGGUAAAUCCGGAAAGAUCUAUUCCUGCUGCAGUUAUGAAGGGUGCUAAAGGUCUUGCUAUUUUAACUGUUGCUAAAGUUGGAGUUUUGGUUACUUACAAGAUUGGUACUGGUUUGGUUUUGGCUCGAAGGUCAGAUGGUUCAUGGUCUGCACCUUCUGCUAUUGUUUCAGGUGGCCUAGGGUGGGGCCCACAGGUUGGGGGGGAACUUAUGGACUUUAUAAUUGUGCUUCAUGAUUUUAAAGCUGUGAAAACGUUCUGUUCGCGAAUGCAUUUUUCUCUUGGAGCUGGUUGUAGUGCUGCAGCGGGACCCGUUGGGAGGGUUUUGGAAGCUGAUGUGAGAGCGGGUGAUAGAGGAUCUGGAAUGUGUUAUACUUAUAGUUGUAGCAAAGGUGCAUUUGUUGGAGUGUCAUUGGAAGGGAAUGUUGUUGCAACAAGGAUGGAUGCUAAUCUACAGUUUUAUGGGGAUCCGUAUUUGACAACGAGUGAUAUACUUCUUGGAACUGUGGAGAGGCCCAAGGCUGCUGAACCAUUGUAUGAUGCGCUUGAAGUUCUUUACUCUAAACUUCAGUGUUGAUGUUGGACCUUGUUAAUGAUCUAUAUGUACAUAUUUCAUAUUUCUGGUGUAUAAAAUCUCUUCAUCCCAAAGAUCCAAACUUAGUUGAAACUUGAAACUACUUGUUACAACUUGACAUUUUAUGAUUUAAGGAAAUACAUGCUUGCAAAUUGCAAUUAUGUCAUGUUUAUUUGUGAAACUGGAGAUUUACAGAGUGCUAAUUUUAAAUGUGGUUUGUGGUGG